GCUGAGGAACCUCAGCUAGUUGCGCGUGAAUGGUGCGUGGCUGCCGCUGCCGCUGCCGCUGCCGCGCGUGGGGCACGCGGAGCGGUGCGGGGAAGCUCAGGAUUUGGGGGGUGGGUGGCGGUCCUCAGCUUCCUCCGGGGCCGGAGAGUAGCGUCCGCAAGCGGCACCGCAGGCUCUCCCGCGCGGCCCGGCUGCCGGCUUGGCUUGUCAGGCUGAGCGGGCACCGAAGCGGCUUGGGGACCUCCACCGCUCGCAGGCCCCGGUGCUUGACAGGCUCUCGGGUUCCCAGAGCCCCGGCGCAGGAUGUUCGUCCUGGUGGAGAUGGUGGACACCGUGCGCAUACCGCCGUGGCAGUUUGAGCGGAAGCUCAACGACUCCGUUGCCGAGGAGCUGAACAAGAAAUUGGCUAAUAAGGUCGUAUACAACGUGGGACUUUGCAUCUGUCUGUUUGAUAUCACCAAGCUGGAAGAUGCCUAUGUAUUCCCAGGGGACGGAGCCUCACAUACCAAAGUCCAUUUCCGAUAUGUGGUGUUCCACCCGUUCCUGGACGAAAUCCUCAUUGGAAAGAUCAAAGGCUGCAGCCCAGAGGGUGUGCACGUCUCUUUGGGGUUCUUCGAUGACAUUCUCAUCCCCCCCGAGUCACUGCAGCAGCCUGCCAAAUUUGACGAGGCGGAACAAGUCUGGGUGUGGGAGUAUGAGACCGAGGAAGGAGCUCAUGACCUGUACAUGGACACUGGUGAGGAGAUCCGCUUCAGGGUAGUGGAUGAGAGCUUUGUGGACACGUCCCCCACAGGACCCAGCUCAGCUGAGGCUGCCUCUUCCAGCGAGGAGCUGCCAAAGAAGGAAGCGCCGUACACGCUUGUGGGAUCUAUCAGUGAGCCAGGCCUGGGCCUUCUCUCCUGGUGGACCAGCAAUUAGCCCUGGAGCUUAACAGUGACUGGCCAGCCUGAAGACCCUGCCCAGACCCGACAAAGUGGAGCAGAUGCAGAUUCUGAGGAGUGCUGCCCAGAGCCAGGCUGGGUGGAACCAGGAGUGCCACCCACUUGUCUUCCCGAGCUCUGGGUCUCUGCCUUCUGGAGCCACCCUGAAGUCCUCUGCACUCGAUUGCUUUUGUUUUCCUGAGUCUCAUGGAUCCAGGCUGGCUUCUCACUUGCCGUGCAGCAUAGAGUAGCCUUGAGUUUCUGAUCCUCCAGCCUCUACCUCUUGAGUGCUGCGAUUGCACGUGUGCACCCCCACGUUGAGUUUCUGUGGUAGGAUGGAGCCAGGGCUGUGUGCACACCAGGCAGGCACUCUACCAACUUCCCCAGCACAAGGACUGGUUUAUUUCUUCAGUGCUGAGGAUGGAACCCAGGACCUCUUCCAUGUGAGGCAGGUUAUUGUACUACUAGGAUGCAAUAGGAUGAGCUAGGCCCGUCCUAUCCUUUCCUGUGAACUUCUGGUUUUCAGUGACAGAAGAAAAUUUAAUAAAUAAUGACAGCAGCA